ACAAUAGUAGCGCAGUCAAAAAUAAUGUCCCCAAGUCUAUAUAGUUCGGAAACUAUUUGGAGAUUGUAGUGUCUUGCUGGGGAACGGUUAUGAGGGCGAGGUGCUGAUCAGCUGAUUAAUUCAGCCAACAUUUAAACUAGGCGUAGACAAAAAAUGCUGAAGAAACACAGAAAAGGAAUGGGUGACAUAGUCAGAAGAAGGGUCUUGACACGAAGUAUCUCCCAUUCCUACUCUCCUGAGAUGCUGCCAGUCCCACUGAGUUACUCCGGCUUUUUGUGUCUAUCUUGGGUGUAAACCAGCAUCUGUAGUUCCUUCCUACACUUAAACUUGGCAAAUGGGUGUGUUUUUCUCAAAGCCACCAAAUGCCCGCCUGCUUCAUCCAUCAUUGGACCACAUCUCCUUCUGGCAAUCAUUGCACUGACUGCGACGAUUGGUCUUCCCUGCAAUCAAUCGGAAUUGAAAGGCGCCUCCUCUUGGCUGUCCUUUGUUGACAGCAUGGAGCACGCCCCACUGACAGUUUCAGGAGGGCCCCGAAUUGUAUCCACUGUAUAUGUUGCAAAAUUCGCUCGGUGGGAAUUCAAGUCUCAGCACUUGCGGAAUAUGUCAAUUUCGCCAAAACUGUGAUCCUGUGAGCCAUUGUGUGAGGUGCGACCAUGUCGGUGAGCGAGCAUGAGAACUGCAAGUCCCGCAGCCAGGGCCCGACCAACACGUCGCUGUUCCAAAAAGCCUCGCACCCGGAGAGCGUCCUCAGCCAGCUGGACAACCUGCGCAGACAGAGUCUUUUCACCGACGUGACCCUGCGGGCGGGCAGCCGUUCCUUCCCGUGCCACCGGGCCGUGCUGGCCGCCUGCAGCCGCUACUUUGAGGCCAUGUUCAGCAGCGGGCUGCGGGAGAGCAGGGCGGGCGAGGUGGACUUUGGCGAGAGUGUGCAGCCCGAGGCGCUGGAGCAGCUGCUGGAGUACGCUUACACGUCACGGCUGGCACUGAGUGGAGAGAACGCUGAGUCGCUGCUGCAGGCCGGCGACAUGCUGCAGCUGCACGACGUGCGCCAGGCGGCAGCCGACUUCUUGGAGCGGAGCCUGGGCGCCGACAACUGCCUGCGCCUCAUGCUGCUGGCGGACGCGCACCAGUGCCGCCGGCUCUACCAGCAGGCCUGGGGCAUGUGUCUGGCCCACUUCCAGACGUACGCUGAAGGCGGGCUGGACGGAGACGACGACGACUUCUGUGGCCUGCCCGAGGCCAAGCUGGGCGAGCUGCUGGCCUGCGACGAGCUGGAUGCGGACGACGAGCGGCUGGUUCACCGCGCCCUCAUGAGGUGGGUGCGACACGACGCCACCGCUCGCCGCCACUGCCUGCCCCGCCUGCUGAGUCACGUCCGGCUGGGCCUGUUGCCUGCCGGCUACCUGGAGCGGGCCGUGGCCCGUGACGGGCUGGUGGCGGCGGAUGAGAGGAGCUUGCGGCUGGUGGCCGAGGCCCGGCGCUGCCUGCUGCUGCCGACAUCGCCGUCUCACAAGGAGGGGGCUUGCAGCCCCUGCGCCCGGCCUCGCAGGGCCGGACACACACUGCUGAUCCUGGGUGGCCGCACCUUCAUGUGCGACAAGAUCUACGAGCUGGAGCGUCGAGCCCGCCGCAUCGUGCCCAGGGCCGCGCUGCCCAGCCCGCGGAAGGAGUUCAGCGCCUGCGCGCUGGGGGCCAAGGUGUACGUCAGCGGGGGGCGGGGCUCGGAGACCGGCGUCUCACGUGACGUGUGGGUGUUCGACACGGCGGCGGGCGGGUGGGCCCGGGCGGCACCCAUGCUGCUGGCGCGCUUCGGCCACGGCUCGGCCGAGCUGCUGGGCUCGCUGUACGCGGUGGGCGGCCACACGUCGGCCGUGUCGACGGGGGAGGGCGGCGGACACCCGGCGUCGCGGUCCGUCGAGCGCUACGAGCCGCAGGCCGACUCCUGGCACAUGGCGGCGCCGCUGCUCGACGGCGUCAGCAACGCGGCAGUGGUGAGCGCGCGACGCCGCCUGUACGUCAUCGGGGGCGCGGGCCCGUGGCGGGGGCACGAGCGGGAACAGGAGCGCGCCCCCAGCGUCCAGUGCUACAAUCCCGACGAUGACCACUGGGCCGUGGUGGCCGCCUGCCCCCAGGCCUGGCGCUACACCGCGGCCGCUGCCGUGCUGGGCAGCCAGAUCUUCAUCAUGGGCGGCGACACGGAGUUCACGGCCGCCUCGGCCUACCGCUUCGACUGCGACACCAACGAGUGGAGCCGGCUGGGCGACAUGUCGGCCAAACGCAUGAGCUGCCACGCCGUGGCCUCGGGCAACAAGCUGUACGUGGUGGGCGGCUACUUCGGCACCCAGCGCUGCAAGAGCCUCGACUGCUACGACCCGGCCUCGGACACCUGGAGCAGCAUCACUACUGUGCCCUACUCCCUCAUCCCCACCGCCUUCGUCAGCACCUGGAAGCACCGCGACCUGCUCGACACCGACUAGGAGGAGAAGCCCAGAGACGCAUCAACAACAAUUUAGAAUGGGCCAAGCAAUCAUGAAACUUCACAUCAAGCUGUUGGCACCUGUCCCACCUAUGAUCUUGGACAAGGCCUUCACUUGGCCCACAAGACCAACAGAGCAGAAGGCUGCAAAAACUGUCAUUUUAAUCGGGACUGAGACGGAUGUGACUUUAAGCAUGUGGGAAAAGAUGAAGAGAAUGAAGCAGAGAGAGAGACACUGGGUGAAGUGUGAUGGUUGCAGUGGAACCUUAGAACUUGGCGCAGCCCCAACGACGGGUGAUUGUGUAAGGUUUCUCCGAGACUUCUGCAAAACUAGUUACAGAUAAAGCAGCACAGUUUCUUUGUGAAACUACUGUUCAUUUGCACUGAGCCCCCUUUUUAAAGAAGCCUAAUUUUUUUGUAUUUUUUUUUAAAUAAGGAGAAGAACGAUAUGUCUCCAACAGAUAGCAUGGCAAGUUACUUUAAACUAUUUCAGGAAAAGAAUUGUGCACCAUUUUUAUGAAACAUUGUUAGUUAGUAUGUUGGAAAUAGAAACAGUUGAACUUUUAAAUAAAAAAGUUUCUGAUUUUCA